CUCACGGACGACCAUAGAAGCAGCAACCAAAAUAAAAACGGCGUAAACAGAAGGCAAAGCCAGAAAAGCCAAUACGGAGCAGAGGGACCCCGCAAUCCUUCUUCCCAGUGACCUCAUAAACACCGCAGAGCUAGAAUCUCUCAUCCAUGGAUCCCUCUCCUUGAAAUAAUUAGCUUCGUAAUAAUCAUUCCAACAGCUUUGACAAAAGAAUAAGAAGACGAGGAAGAAGACAGGGAAGACGACGUGCAGAAGCGUACUAUAGUAUAGAAAUAAGAGAAAACGGAGAGACAAGACUUUUUCUCCUUAUUAAAUUGGGGGCCAAAUCUGACUUCUCUGACUCUGCACCAUUGGAUCAAUAUGAUAGCUUUUUGUUAAAGACAGAUCAGGGUGAGAUCUAUUUCGUAGGUAGGGGGCGGUGAAUUAGAGUCUUCGUCUUCGUCUUCUCCCCUUCGUUUGGCUUGAAGAAGUUGUAUGUUUGCAGGUGUAAUGGCCAAGGAAUACUCCGGAUCUCCCAAGAUCCAUCAGUCGGAACCAAAGAGGCAGCGGUUUACUUGGAUUCUAGGAGUGAGCGGCCUCUGCGUUAUCUUUUAUCUUCUCGGCGCAUGGCAGAACUCAGCCGUGCUUAAACCCACGAUUUCUGAUGUCUCCAAAGUCGGAUGCGACGAUUCCGGCCACGCUGCCUUGUCGGUAAAUGCCCGCCAUGGCGAGCAAACCUUCUCACCAUCUAAUGUCAAACUGGAUUUCGAAGCUCACCACCAGCUUGAAAUCAAGGAUACUUCGCCUGUGAUGGAAAAGUUUCCUUCUUGUUCCAUGAACUUCAGUGAAUACACUCCUUGCCAGGAAGCAAGCAGAGGAAGGAGAUUCUCUCGCGCAAUGCUGGUUUACAGAGAGCGCCAUUGCCCAACAAACGAUGAGCUUAUUCGAUGCUUGAUUCCAGCUCCUCCAGGGUAUCGGACACCAUUCAAAUGGCCGCAAAGCAGAGACUUUGCUUGGUACCACAAUAUUCCUCACAAGGAGCUGAGCAUUGAGAAGGCAGUUCAGAACUGGAUUCAGGUUGAGGGAGACCGUUUCCGAUUUCCUGGUGGUGGCACAAUGUUUCCUCGAGGUGCAGAUGCUUAUAUUGAUGAUAUCAAUGAGCUCAUUCCAUUAACUGAUGGGAGCAUUAGAACUGCCAUUGAUACUGGUUGUGGAGUUGCAAGUUUGGGGGCUUAUCUCCUUAAGAGGGACAUCUUAGCAAUGUCAUUUGCUCCGAGGGAUACACACGAGGCACAGGUGCAGUUUGCAUUGGAACGGGGAGUUCCAGCCAUGAUAGGCGUCAUGGCAUCGAUGAGAAUUCCAUAUCCUGCAAGAUCUUUCGAUAUGGCUCACUGUUCUCGCUGCUUGAUUCCUUGGAAAGCUCAUGAUGGUCUUUAUCUAAUUGAGGUUGAUAGAGUUCUGCGGCCUGGAGGAUACUGGAUUCUUUCAGGUCCUCCAAUCCAUUGGAAGAAAUACUACAAAGGCUGGGAGAGAACUCAAGAAGAUCUGAAGCAAGAGCAGGAUGCAAUUGAGGAGGUUGCGAAGCGUAUUUGCUGGAAGAAGGUGAUUGAAAAGGAAGAUCUUGCCGUUUGGCAGAAACCCAUUAACCAUAAUGAAUGCAUCAAGUCAAGAGAGAUCUAUAAAACACCCCACAUUUGCAAGAAUGAUAAUGCUGAUAUUGCCUGGUACAAGAAAAUGGAGACAUGCAUAUCUCCGUUGCCUGAAGUUAGCAAUGAUGAUGAUGUUGCAGGUGGAGUGCUUCAGAAGUGGCCAGAAAGGGCAUUUGCUGUGCCCCCAAGGAUAAGCAGGGAAACUAUCCCUGGUAUCACCCCGAAGAAAUUUGAGGAAGACAACAAACUGUGGAAGGAGAGAGUGACAUACUACAAGAAAAUUAUCCCAACUCUAAGCCAUGGACGAUAUCGAAAUGUGAUGGACAUGAAUGCUAACCUUGGAGGCUUUGCUGCAGCAAUGGACAAGUUCCAAGUUUGGGUGAUGAAUGUCAUUCCUGUGAAUUCUGAUCACGAUACGCUCGGUGUAAUCUAUGAACGAGGUUUUAUUGGUACAUAUCAUGAUUGGUGUGAGGCAUUUUCGACAUAUCCGAGAACUUAUGAUUUCAUUCAUGCUGACAGUGUCUUCAGCAUAUAUCAAGACAGGUGUGAUAUAACUUACAUUCUCCUGGAGAUGGACAGAAUACUGAGGCCAGAGGGCACGGUAGUGUUCAGAGACACUGUGGAGACAUUGGUGAAGGUGCAGGCUAUCACGAAGGGGAUGAGGUGGAAUAGUAAGAUCAUGGAUCACGAAAGCGGUCCCUUCAAUCCUGAGAAGAUCCUGCUUGCUGUCAAGAGCUACUGGACUGGUGAACCUUCUAAAGAUCACUAACUCCAAACCUUCAACUUAUACUUCCUCAAGUUUUACUCUCACUUCCUUCAGGAUUAGAGAAUUUACAUUCUACCUUAUCAAUCUGUGUAGGUAUUGUAAUGCUAUUUCUGCUUGUUCCCAUUCAAGCUUCUUACUUUUUUAUUAUUUUUCAUUUUUGGGCUUUUGUUGCUUUUAACUGAAGAUUUUAUGAUUCUUUAGAAACCCUGAAAGCAGAAGGGUCGCUUGUAAACAGAAGGAAAUGUUAGCAUGUGAGAGGGUGGUGGUUAAUUGCUUUGUGGCUGUGGAAAAGUAAUAAUUUUGGAGGUUGUUGA